AUGGAUUUGGGGUUAAAAAGGCAAAGUGGAACACUCUCGUGGCUGACACUACUUCUUUGUUGUAUCGGUGGGACAUUAAGCAAAGAGAGCUGUGAUGGAUCACUGGUGUCUCACCUCCCUCCCUCGGCCUUCAAGAGCUCCUCUCAGCUGUCCAGUAGCCAUGGCCCAGGCUUUGCCAAACUCAAUCGCAGAGACGGAGCUGGAGGCUGGUCGCCGCUGGACUCCAAUAAGUACCAGUGGCUGGAGAUCAACCUCGGGGAGCCGACCGAAAUCACAGCCAUCGCCACUCAGGGCCGAUAUGGCAGCUCGGAUUGGGUCACCGGCUACCAGCUCAUGUUCAGUGACACGGGACAUAACUGGAGACAGUAUCGACAAGAAGACAGCAUCGGAGUGUUUUCAGGGAACACCAAUGCUGACAGUGUUGUGCCAUUCAAACUGCACCACCCCAUGUUCGCUCGAUUCCUAAGAGUUGUUCCCCUGGACUGGAACCCUAAUGGAAGGAUUGGGUUAAGACUGGAAGCAUACGGUUGUCAAUACAAGUCCGAUGUGAUGGAGUUUGAUGGGAGUAGCUCAGUGCUCUACAAAUUCAGCCCCAACUCCAGUCAAGCACCAAAAGACAAGCUGUCCCUGAAGUUCAAAACCAUGCUCAACUCAGGCACUCUCAUCCACAUGGAAGGAACGCAUGGGCCGAGCGUAACGGUGGAACUAGUGAAGGGAAAACUAUUAUUUCACCUGAGCAAAGGCAAGCAUUCAUCUCCCGACUUUCACACCUCUGCGUCGCUGGGGAGUCUUCUGUACGACCAGCACUGGCACUCCGUCACGAUCGAGCGCGUCAGCAGACACCUCAACCUUACAGUGGACAAAAGCAGCCAGCAGCUCCACGUGCCGGGCCACCUGAGUCUUUCUGACAUCAGCGAGAUUAGCUUCGGUGGCGUGUCGGGUCCUUCGGCGUCGAGAACUCUCUCCAAGAAGAACUUUGUUGGCUGCAUGGAAAACGUGAUGUACAAUGACAUGAACAUUGUCAACCUGGCUAAGGAAGGACGUCAUCAAGUACAGAAACUUGGUGCUGUCUCGUUCACCUGCACUGAGCCAAUAGACGUGCCGGUAACGUUUUCCAGCCCUGGAAGUUUUCUCCAGCUGCCACUGAGCGUGCCCAGUGACGACCUUUCUGUCAGCCUGGAGUUCAGGACGUGGAACAGAGCGGGGCUUCUGCUGACCUUUGACCUCCAGCAGCAGGCCGGCAGCACCUGGCUGUACCUGAGGGACACCAGGGCCAGGCUGCAGAUCCACAAGGCCGGCCGUGUACUCAUCGACAUCACUGCAGGGUCAGGGCUGAAUGACGGCCAGUGGCACACGGUGCAUCUGAUUGGACGAAGAGGUCGUCUGGCCAUCACUGUGGAUGGAGAUGAUGGAGGCACGGCACAAGCCAACCCCACCUUCCCCGUCAGCCCAGAGAAUCAGCUGUUUUUCGGAGGUUGUCCAGAGGGUGGUAAAUCAGGUGAUCGUGGCUGCCGAAACCCCUUCAGCGUGUUCCAGGGGUGCAUGAGGCUCAUCCGCACGGGAGACCAAGAGGUGGACCUCAUCAAGGUCCAGCAGAUGGCUCUUGGAAACUUCAGCGAUUUACAGAUGGACGUCUGUGGCAUCAUCGACCGGUGUUCCCCAAGCUACUGUGAACACGGAGGGAAGUGCACCCAGUCCUGGAGCGCCUUCCACUGCAACUGCUCACACACAGGCUACAAAGGAGCCACCUGCCACAGCUCCAUUUAUGAACAGUCCUGCGAGGCUUACAAGCACAAGGGAAACACGUCUGGGUUUUACCACGUCGAUGUGGACGGGAGUGGGCCCAUCGACCCACAGAGGAUCUACUGCAAUAUGACAGAUAAAACAUGGAUGGUGAUCCAACACAAUAACACGGAGCUCACUAAAUUAAAACCAUCCACGGGGAUAAAUCAGCACUUAGCCCACUUCAGCUAUCCUGCCGACGUGGAGCAGCUCCGGGCGAUAAUUACCAAGGCCGAGCACUGCGAGCAGGAACUUUCCUACCACUGCAAAAAGUCACGUCUUUUAAACACACCCGAAGGUGUUCCCUUCACGUGGUGGAUGGAUGGAGGUGGGGAGGUCCAGACCUACUGGGGAGGCGCCACGCCCGAGAGCAAGCAGUGUGCCUGCGGCCUGCACGAGAGCUGCAUCGAUCCCCAGCGCUUCUGCAACUGCGACGCCGAUGGAGUCGAUUGGGCUAAUGACACAGGACUGCUCUCUUAUAAGGAGCACUUACCUGUGCGAGGCAUUGCUGUUGGGGACUUGAGCAGGCCUGGCUCAGAGGCCGCAUACAAAGUGGGAGCCCUGCAGUGCUACGGUGACUUGCACUUUUGGAACUCGGCCUAUUUCAACAAGGAAACCUCGUACCUGCAUUUCCCUACCUUCCACGGCGAGCUGAGUGCUGACAUCUCCUUCCUGUUCAAGACCAGCACGGCCUCAGGAGUGUUUUUGGAGAAUCUUGGCAUCAAGGACUUCAUUCGGAUCGAACUGAGCUCUCCGUUGGAGGUGCUGUUCUCCUAUGAUGUGGGCAACGGGCCUGUGGAGGUGCGGGUGGAGUCGCCCUCUCCCCUGAACGACGACUGCUGGCACAGUGUGCGGGCCGAGCGCAACGUGAAGGAGGCCUCACUCCACGUGGACCAGCUGCCUGGUGCCACCCAGAGGGCACCGCCCGACGGGCACAUCCACCUGCAGCUCAACAGCCAGCUGUUUGUGGGAGGAACAGCGUCGAGGCAGAAGGGGUUCCUGGGUUGCAUCCGCUCGCUGCAGCUGAAUGGGAGGACACUGGACCUGGAGGAACGUGCCAAGAUCACCCCGGGGGUGCAGCCCGGCUGCCCGGGACACUGCAGCAGCUAUGGGAGCCUGUGCCAGAACCGCGGACGCUGUGUAGAGAGACGCACGGGCUUCGCCUGCGACUGCGGUCUCUCUGCCUACUCUGGAGCUUUCUGCAAUAAAGAGGUGUCGGCCUACUUCAAGCCCAGCACGUCCGUGUCCUACACGUUCAAGGAGCCCUAUGAGCUGACGAGGAACAGCAGCAGCAGCAGCGUGCAGGCCUCCUCCAUUUACUCUGACAUGACACUGCGGGCUGAGAACAUCUCGCUGGGCUUCCGCACCUCCCAGGCCCCGGCCCUGCUGCUCUACGUGGCCUCCUACUACCGCGAGUACCUCGCCGUCCUGCUCAACCGAAACGGACAAUUGGACGUCAAGUAUAAACUGCAGAGCAACAGGGAGGCAGAGGUGUUCAAGACCAACACGAGGAACUUGGCCAACGGACAACUUCACACCGUCUCUAUCAGAAGACAAGCAGAAAAUCUCUACAUCCAGGUUGACCAGUAUGAAGAGGAGGACUUCAACAUCACGUCAGAUGUGGAAUUCAAUGCGAUUAAAUCGGUGGUGCUUGGGAGGGUACAUGACUCGGUGGAGCUGGAUCCGGAGAUAGCGCGGCUGAACUCCCUGGGCUUCAGCGGGUGCCUGUCUGUGGUGCACUUCAACUCCAUCACCCCCCUGAAGGCCGCCCUGCUCUACCCGGCCACCAGCCCCGUGGUGGUCACCGGGCCCCUGGAGGAGUCGGCCUGCGGGGCCUCUGCACCCAGCCAGCACCACGCCACCGAGACCACACACUCACUAGCAGAUCAUUUUGGCUCUGUAGGCACUGGUGAACCUAUAGUCGAUGCAAUCAGCAGUGACUCUGCCUUGAUUGGAGGUGUCAUCGCCGUGGUGAUUUUUAUCAUCCUGUCAGCGCUGGCCGUCAUGGGCCGCUGCCUGUAUCGACGGAAAGAGACGUUCCAGACGCAGCAGCCCAAGGGGACCAAGGGGCCCGUGGAGGACAGCCCAGAGUUUCCCUUCAACAACGACGCCAACACGCAGUACGUGCUGAAUGAGAGCCAUAGGGAGCACUUCAUAUGAUGCCCUAGAAGUACUCCUACCCCCAACCCACUUCCAAGACCCCCGAACACUCCCUCUCCCUAUGCCCCAUCAAUACCUGCCCCCCUUCUGUUCUCUCUCUCCCUGACUCCUUCCUUUCUGUUGGACUAAUCCUGCGAAGGAAGAGGACACAUGUGAGCCUUACGGAGAGAGCCUAGAGACUUCAUGGAGCGUUUUUUUUGCAUAUUACUUGCAGGAACAGUCAACAGGUGGGAUUGGUGAGGACGUGGAAGUGAUUAUAAAAUAAAAAACAA